GCAACAGCACCCUCUGGAGUCACAAUAUCCGUGGGGUUGGGAGCUUUUAGACAGACUGUGUUUGGAUGACACCUCUGCUGAUAAGAAGGUAAAGAACAGAUGGGACUCUGCACUGAACAGGGCCAAAUAAAACCCAGAUCAACUGAAACCUGUAACUAAUCCACAGCAAUGAGUCGCCACUACAGAUUCAACCUUAAAACUGUGAUCUCCCUGGUCAUCCUGCAUGGGGUGGUUGUUGUGCUCUUCUGCAGCUGGUAUGUUCAGAUCAGACCCUGCAACGUUUCUCCUCUAGGCACUAAAACUCACAUUUUGCUGCUGUCCUCAUGGAGAUCAGGUUCAUCCUUCCUGGGUCAGAUUUUAAGUCAGCACCCGUCUGUUUUCUAUCUCUCUGAGCCGGCUUGGCAUGUGUGGACCAAAGGGUGGAAAUCUGGCAAACAAGCUCACCGGAUAGCCGUGAGGGACCUCUUACGUGAUAUAUACAAAUGUGACUUCUCUGUGCUGGGUUCCUACUUUUCAGAAAAACCUACUGUGUCCUCCUUGUUUAUGUGGACUCACAGUCGGGCGCUGUGCUCGCCACCAGCCUGUCCACUUACAGCCACCAACGAUACUCAGUGCCGCCAAGCAUGUGGUGUUCAGGGCUUGAAGCAGAUGGAAGAAACCUGUCGUGCAUACUCUCAUCUCGCAAUUAAAGAAGUGCGUUUUUUUGAGCUGGAAUCCCUCUAUCCCCUUCUACAAGACCCCGACCUGGACCUUCGCAUCAUUCAUCUUGUUAGAGACCCUCGGGCUGUGAUGAAGUCAAGAGAGAAAUCCCCGAGAGCCUUACAGAGAGAUAACGCCAUUGUCCUGGAGCACCGAAACAUGGCAUCAAUAGAGAUGCAGAAUGACAUCAUGCAGAAGAUCUGCCAGAGCCAUGUGCGAAUCAAUGAAAGAGCAAUCCUGGACCCACCUGUGUUUCUAGAAGGUCGCUACAAAAUGAUUCGCUAUGAAGACGUGGCACACAACCCGCUGAAGGAGAUGAACAAUAUUUAUAAAUUUGUAGGAUUAAAAACAAGCAAAAAACUGGAGGAAUGGAUCUACAGGUUGACCCACGGAAACGGGAAAGGCACCUUUAAGGAGGCUUUUCAGAUCACCUCUAGGAAUGCCACUGAGGUCUCUCAGGCUUGGCGCACUGUACUGCCCUACAGCAAGGUCAGACGCAUUCAGGAGGUGUGUAAAGAGGCCAAGUCGCUGCUCGGCUACAGGACAGUUUAUAGCGAAGAGGAGCAGAAGAGACUGGAAACAGAUCUGGUGAUGCCACAGAAGUUCACCUGGUAGCUACCUGAAACAUGAACUUUGGAUUAUCAACAAAAGACCUCACAGAUCUGCCUCCUGCUUAGAUGCCCAAAUGACUCAAAAGGGUUCUGCAACUCCAGUCCUUGAGUGCCACUGUCCUGCAACUUUUGUAUGCAACCCUGC